AGCAGCUGUCCUGGGCCUGGCCGGUGUGCGUCCGCCUGCUGGACCUGGGCACCGCCAGCCGCCUGGGCACGGGACUGGGCGGGGGCGCUGACCUCGGCCUAGGAGGCCCAGGAUCCUGGAGACGCCUGCGCCCUCAGGACCCUGCGGGUCGCACGCCCUCCCCAGCUUCUGCUGCUAGCCGCUCUUCGGCAGGGCGAGGUCAGGUGCCCCCUUCUUGCCUCUUUUCUCUGCUCUUCCUCCCCCACUCCUGUGCCCGCGGAGACUCCUGCCGCCCCCUCCCGCAGGGGUGUAGUAAGCUGCGGAGCUGACAGCAGCCCCGCAGCCACUCUGCCCAAAGUCUCCGGAAGCCGCACGAGCUCAGGCCGCCGCAGCCCCGGCGGACCCACUAUUGGACCUGAGGAGCCAGCCCUCCUCCCGCACUCAAACUUGGAGCACUUGACCUUUGGCUGUUGGAGGGGGCAGGCCUGCGAGUGGCUGGACAGCUGCGGAGCCGCGAGGGCAUCUUGCCUGGAGACCGUCGGCUGCACUCGCGGGCUCCUGGCUUUGCCUUUGGGAUCCCGAGGUGUCCACAUCAGACGCAUGUUGACUGAGACCUAGAGUCAUGGAUGUAUGCGUCCGUCUUGCCCUGUGGCUCCUCUGGGGACUCCUCCUGCACCAGGGUCAGAGCCUCAGCCAUAUUCACAGUGAGAAGGCGACAGGAACCAGCUCGGGGGCCAACUCUGAGGAGUCCACUGCAGCAGAGUUUUGCCGAAUUGACAAGCCCCUGUGUCACAGUGAGGAUGAGAAACUCAGCUUCGAGGCAGUUCGUAACAUCCACAAGCUGAUGGACGAUGAUGCCAAUGGUGAUGUGGAUGUGGAAGAAAGUGAUGAGUUCCUGAGGGAAGACCUCAAUUACCAUGACCCAACGGUGAAACACAGCACCUUCCAUGGUGAGGAUAAGCUCAUCAGUGUGGAGGACCUGUGGAAGGCAUGGAAGUCAUCAGAAGUAUACAAUUGGACCGUGGAUGAGGUGGUACAGUGGCUGAUCACAUAUGUGGAGCUGCCUCAGUAUGAGGAGACCUUCCGGAAGCUACAGCUCAGUGGCCAUGCCAUGCCAAGGCUAGCUGUCACCAACACCACAAUGACAGGGACUGUGCUGAAGAUGACAGACCGGAGUCAUCGGCAGAAGCUGCAGUUGAAGGCCCUGGAUACAGUGCUCUUCGGGCCUCCUCUCUUGACCCGCCAUAAUCACCUCAAGGACUUCAUGCUGGUGGUGUCUAUCGUUAUUGGUGUGGGCGGCUGCUGGUUUGCCUAUAUCCAGAACCGUUACUCCAAGGAGCACAUGAAGAAGAUGAUGAAGGACUUGGAGGGGUUACACCGAGCUGAGCAGAGUCUGCAUGACCUUCAGGAAAGGCUGCACAAGGCCCAGGAGGAGCACCGCACAGUGGAGGUGGAGAAGGUCCAUCUGGAGAAGAAGCUGCGCGAUGAGAUCAACCUUGCUAAGCAGGAAGCCCAGCGGCUGAAGGAGCUGCGGGAGGGUACUGAGAAUGAGCGGAGCCGCCAAAAAUAUGCUGAGGAGGAGUUGGAGCAGGUUCGGGAGGCCUUGAGGAAAGCAGAGAAGGAGCUAGAAUCACACAGCUCAUGGUAUGCUCCAGAGGCCCUUCAGAAGUGGCUGCAGCUGACACAUGAGGUGGAGGUGCAAUAUUACAACAUCAAGAAGCAAAAUGCUGAGAAGCAGCUGCUGGUGGCCAAGGAGGGGGCUGAGAAGAUAAAAAAGAAGAGAAACACACUCUUUGGCACCUUCCAUGUGGCCCACAGCUCUUCCCUGGAUGAUGUAGAUCAUAAAAUUCUAACAGCUAAGCAAGCACUGAGCGAGGUGACAGCAGCAUUGCGGGAGCGCCUGCACCGCUGGCAACAGAUCGAGAUCCUCUGUGGCUUCCAGAUUGUCAAUAACCCUGGCAUCCACUCACUGGUGGCUGCCCUCAACAUAGACCCCAGCUGGAUGGGCAGUACACGCCCCAACCCUGCCCACUUCAUCAUGACCGACGACGUGGAUGACAUGGAUGAGGAGAUUGUGUCUCCCUUGUCCAUGCAGUAUGCUGCCUGGCUGAUGGGGCGUAGGUUCAGUGACCGCUCUCUCUGCUCUACAUCCGCCGGCUCAGAUGAUCAGUCCCUCUGGAAAUACCCUGCCCCUAGCCUGCAGAGCAGUGUUCGGCAGCGCCUGACGGAGCCACAGCAUGGCCUGGGAUCUCAGAGGGAUUUGACCCAUUCCGAUUCGGAGUCCUCCCUCCACAUGAGUGACCGCCAGCGUGUGGCCCCCAAACCUCCUCAGAUGAGCCGUGCCGCAGACGAGGCUCUCAAUGCCAUGACUUCCAAUGGCAGCCACCGGCUGAUCGAGGGGGUCCACCCAGGGUCUCUGAUGGAGAAACUGCCUGACAGCCCUGCCCUGGCCAAGGCAUUACUGGCGCUGAACCAUGGGCUGGACAAGGCCCACAGCCUAAUGGAGCUGAGCCCCUCAGCCCCACCUGGUGGCUCUCCACAUUUGGAUUCUUCCCGUUCUCACAGCCCCAGUUCCCCAGACCCAGACACGCCAUCUCCAGUUGGGGACAGCCGAGCCCUGCAAGCCAGCCGAAACACACGCAUUCCCCACCUGGCUGGCAAGAAGGCUGUGGCUGAGGAGGAUAAUGGCUCUAUUGGCGAGGAGACAGACUCCAGCCCAGGCCGGAAGAAGUUUCCCCUCAAAAUCUUUAAGAAGCCUCUUAAGAAGUAGGCAGGAUGGGGGUGGCAGUAAUGGGACAGCUUGUCCUUCCCUGGGUCUUCUGCCUCUCCUUCCCUCCCUCCCUUCAAGAUAACUGGCCCCAAGAGUGGGGCAUGGGAAGGGCUGGUCCAGGGGUCUGGGCACUGUAUAUACCUGCACUGUACAUCCCUGGGUCCUUCAUUAUUAUUUAUUAACUGACCACCAUGGCCUGCCUGCCCUGCCUCCCUCCCAACCAUGGGCUGCUGCUGUCACUCCCUCUCCACUUCAGUGCAUGUCUUAGUUGCUGUUCCCUCAGCUCCCAGCUCCACCUCUGGGGUUCAGCUUCUGUCUCUGCUGUCCCAGUUUUGAGGUUUGGUUUCUUGUUUCUGUCUCUUGCUUUCAGGCUCCUCCCUCCCACCACUCCCCAGCUUCCCCUAGCAGUUACAGGGAAGAUAGGAGGAGUAACUUCUGACAUGUUUGCCUCAGAUCCGUUCCACCCCACUCACAGUGGUUCUAUUUGCUUCAGACUGGGGCCAGGGCCUAAUCUUUGGGAUUUGUUCUUUGGUAUUGUUGUGGGUCAGAAGGAACCUCAUCCUAGAUCUCACUCAGGCUUCCAGGAGUCCAUGGGGGAGUGAAACCAAUUCUCAGAGAACAACCCACCAGAGACUUUUAAAGAGAGGCUUGGGGAUGGGUUGGAAGAGGCCUCUCUUCAUUGGAGCAUGAGUGGAUGCCAGAACUGUAGGUUAUAAGGCAGUCACUUUUUCUCUCUUCUCCCACCCACACCUGCCUCCCUCUUACCCCUGCUCCCCCACACCGCAGGAGGGUUUGUCUCUAAGAGGUGCUGCCCCAAAGCUCCCCAAGCAUCAUUACUCCUGGGGCUCAGGACAAGUGGCUCCCCUGGCCCGGGGAGCCACAGCCAUGAUACAGGACUCUUAUGGAGCCCUGGAGUUGUUGGGCAAGGAUGCUGUCAUAUUUUUGAACCAAAAGACAAACAAGUUAAAAGGAAAAAAAUCUCCUGAAUUUCCCAAGUGCCUACGCUGCAUAUUCCCCUUGUUAGAUCCCAUUUUCAUGUUACUUUGUAGCCUUGGCCAGAGGCUCAAAAAGGACACAACCAGUUUGGGGGAGGGGUGGCUAAGGAAGAUGGUAUAGGUGAAGGUGGCUGUGUGACCACUUCCCCCCACCCUUCCCACCCUCUAUACAACUCUCUCCCUUACCUGUUUUUGCUAUGGCUGUAAAGGUGUUUUCCCUCUGCCCCACUCCCUGCCAUGCCUUUAUCCUGGGAUCCUAUUUUGGGCCUAGGGUGGGUGCACCUGGGGCUGGUCUUAGGAGGGUGCUAGGUUGCAGACUGCCUUGUACCCCCUGGACACCCUCAAAUGGGGUUUUCUGUGUUAUUUCAUAAGAAGUCCAAUAAAGCAUGUAGGAGAUUUUAA